CAUGAUGAACAGAGAGAGGAGCUAGAGGCGCAGUUGUGUAAUUCGCAUCACUGAGGAUCUGAUUUGGACGGAGCAGGACGCAACAGACACUUUACAGAAGGAACUCAAUCACUUUAAACAUGGACAAAAAACAGACCAUUAACUUCGGCGCUGGACCUGCAAAACUACCACAGUCUGUGCUGUUACAGGCGCAGAAAGAACUGCUCGACUAUAAUGGUAGCGGAGUCAGUGUCCUGGAGAUGAGCCAUCGGUCGUCGGACUUCACCAAGAUCAUGAACACCACAGAAAACCUGUUGCGGGAGCUACUGAGUAUCCCAGACAACUACAAAGUCAUGUUCUUCCAGGGGGGCGGGACGGGCCAGUUUAGUGCCGUCCCCCUCAAUCUGAUUGGUCUAAAGGAGGACAGGUGUGCUGAUUACCUAGUGACGGGCACCUGGUCGUCCAAUGCUGCCAAGGAAGCUGAGAAAUACGGCAAGGUCAACGUGGUUCACCCCAAACUGGACACCUACACCAAGAUCCCUGACCCCAGCAGUUGGUCGUUGACCCCUGGAUCGUCCUACGUGUAUUACUGCUGCAACGAGACAGUGCACGGCGUGGAGUACAACUUCAUCCCCGAAACCCACGGAGCCGUCCUGGUCUCUGACAUGUCAUCUAACUUCCUGUCCCGACCCGUCGACGUUUCCAAGUUUGGGCUGAUCUUCGCUGGGGCUCAGAAGAACGUGGGCUGUGCUGGUGUUGCUGUGGUGAUCGUGAGAGAGGAUCUCAUUGACCACGCCCUGACGGAGUGUCCCAUUGUCCUUAACUACCAAGUGCAGGCUCAGAACAACUCCCUGUACAACACACCAGCCUGCUUCAGUAUCUACAUCAUGAGUCUGGUUCUGGAGUGGAUAAAGAACAACGGAGGUGUUGACGCCAUGGAAACGCUCAACAAGAAGAAGUCCAGUAUGAUCUAUGAUAUCAUCAACUCCUCCAACCACUUCUACACGUGUCCGGUGGACGUGGCGUGUCGUAGUCGUAUGAACGUUCCGUUCCGCGUGGGGAAGAAACAGGGUGACGAAACUCUGGAGAAGGAGUUCCUGGAUGGAGCCUCCAAACUGGGGAUGAUCUCACUGAAAGGGCACAGGUCAGUGGGAGGAAUACGUGCGUCUCUCUACAACGCUGUGACAGUGGAAGACGCUCAGGCUCUGGCCAAUUACAUGAAGGAGUUCCUCAAGGCGCACCAAUAGGAGAAGGCCAUACAGCAUGCUGGACCAAUCAGAGCAGGCUAUGCUGCUGGAUCUGUGGGACCAGGGUUCAGUUAGGUGAAACAUUCACAACGUUACAGAUGGAGAUGUACUGAAUAGAGCCAAUCAUAUUGCACCUGACAGCCAAUCAUAUUGCACCUGACAGCCAAUCAUAUUGUACCUGACAGCCAAUCAAAUUAAAUGAUAUUAGUUACAUGCGCUGAAUACAACAGGUGUAGCCUUAACAGUGAAAUGCUUACUU